UAAUUUGCUUAUGUUAUCGUUAUAGGUCAGAUCCCAUUUAUUAGCUCAUCGGAUUCAAAAGUCAACUAAAGACAUUCCAAUGUCAAGUAAUUCACAAAAGAAAACUUCUUCAAAUAUUUCCGAGCCGGCCUGCAAAAAAUUUCGUUUUUUCAAUCUUAUGUCAUCAAUAUCUCGACACACACAACUUUCAAAAGAAGAAAGCGAUCAUGAAUCAUCAAAUGUUGAAGAAACACCCAAGGAUUGGUAUACACAGGCUUGCUUAUCAAUUGUAGAGAAAUGUGCUUUUCUCUUGGUUGCUGUAGUUCCUGCGUUAGUGAAUGAAUAUCAAGAUGAACCUCAUGAGGUGAAAAAUGAAAAUUCUUCAACAUCUGAUGUAUCUUCUCCAACUGAAGCCAUUAAUGCUCAAUCUCAAACAAGUUCAAUGGAACGAAGUGUUGAGUUAUCUGAUACACAACCUCAUGGAAAAGUUUGCAUGGCUGUCCUGGAAUAUUGUUGUCCCAGUAUUAACUAUGAUGGAGACCCAUUAACUAUUGAACAGAACGGAAAUUUUGAUUUAAAAUCCUAUGAAACUUUAAUCAAAGCCAUGAUACUGCAACAGAAAAGAGCUCAGAAUCGAAUUUUCGCAUUGGGAAAAAUAUCACGACUGCUGAUGUCACAAAAUGACGACCUUUCAAAAUUCCCCCCGUUUCUUCCAUCGGCUUACUUUCAAUUAAUGAUCGGAUGUUUCGGACUUAUGUCUCUUCAACCAUUGACCCGUGAACUUAUGACUGUUGGAUUUCUACCUUCCCCAACACUUGGUGUGACAUCUGCAUCACACAAAGAUAAGCUUGCAAUCACCAACCUUCUCAUUACUAUACGGAAUUUGCUAUACAAGAAAAUUUUACCUGUGAAAAUAUCACUCUUAUCAAAUCCAAAAGAUGCCCGUCUUCUCAUUACUACUUUGCUGUCACUGUCUACAUUGAAGAACUAUGCAGUGGAUUUAUCCCAUAUCACAUCUGAUAUACUUAAGUAUAUAGUUGAACUGUGUAACGAGCAAAAUAACCAACAGUUGCUCAAUGAGUUUUCUUCAAUCACUUCUUAUAAAACACAGAAAAUGGUUUCCCUGGUGACUGUCAUUGCGCGGAAUCUUUUCCGGUCAAUUGCUGUUUCCACCAGUUUACAUGCUCGAGAUGUAGAAGCCGAUAUUGUUGGCAUGGUUGCCAAUGUUUUGCAUUGUCUUAUUUCCGAUUCAUUUCGAUCACUCGGUGGCAGUGAGGAGAUCUGCGAUAUUCUUCAUAAUAAUCCAUGGUCGCUUUCCCCACCACCACGUACAUAUAAGCACCUUUAUUCUCAACAUGCCCUGGAAUCUUCAGUUGGGGACCACCUCGUGUUUGUUCGUAUGCUUAUCUCAAGCCACACAAUGUGUCAAGAAUUUGCAACGUGGCCAUGGAUUAGUACUUUAUUGAAUAUAGCUGGAAAACUGGAUGAAACUGGUUUGCCAGUUAUCAAGUCUGUGCGAACACGCUUGCUUGCCCUGCAUUUACUUUACACAAUGUUGAAUGGAAUGAGUUCGGAAGUCAAUUUAAGUGAUGAUCUUGUGUCACAAGUUAUCGACAAACUGCUUCAGAUAAUUGCACAAGUACAUUGGGUGGAACUACCUGCAUAUGAAAAAGAUGAUCUCAUUUUAAAGCAAAGUGAUUAUAUUUCAACUCGUGAUGAAACAAAAAAUGAAUUUCAUCAAUUAGCAGCCAGAGAAAUAAUAUCUGAUUCAGCUUUUGAUGUUGAUAAGUGUGUUGCAACUUCUAUUCGAGACCAAUUUACUUUGGUUCAUUCAUCUGGUGGACGUGGGUAUGGGAUGACUAUGGCGAGAUUAUCAAUGGGAACUUAUCAAUGGAAGUUUCAUAUCUUGGAAGAAAACCCAGGCAAUGAAGGAACUUGUAUCGGUGUUUCUAUAUUUCCUGUUGAAGACUUCAGCCAUCGAACAACAUCGGAAAUGUGGUUGUAUAGAGCAUACAGUGGCAACUUGUAUCAUAGUGGAGAGCUCACACAUUCAUUGCCGAGUUACAGCAAAGGUGACGUGAUAACUUGUGUUCUGUGUAUGAAUGAAAGAACUCUUAGUUUUGGAAUCAAUGGUGAAACUCCUGAAGUUGCGUUUCGAGAUUUAGAUUCCAAUGCAACCUUAUUUCCAUGCGUUAUGUUCUAUAGCAGCAAUUUCGGAGAAGAAGUUAAAAUAUCAGAUUUUCAGCAUAUUGGAAGUGGGCAAAAUUUAUCAGUUGGCGAUCCUAUUUGUUCAACCAUGCAUGGUACCAUCAGUGAGACAUGCAUACAACUAUUGACCCAACUUCAUUCACGUCGAGAGUCACAAUGGAGCAUGGCAAUCACUGACGCUGUGAUUGGUCGGUUUAACGAACUUCCUGAAAUACUAAAAGAUGAUUGGUUGUUUUCCUCCAAUAAACAAGAUACACCAGAUGAAGAUCUAAAAGAUUGGCAGCGUAGUCGAAUGUUAUGGCGAGUAUGGCCCGCCCUUACUUUGUUAAGUGGUGUCGAUGGUGGGUUAAGAAUGGGCGAGCGUUGUAAAGUCAUUAAUUCAAUGAAACACGGAAUAUUACUUGGAUUUAAUAACAAUAAUACUAAACUAAAAGUCGCUUGGGAAGAUGGCAGCCAGGUGAUGAGCAGCGAUUGUUUUCCUUCUUCCCUCGAACCUGUAAAACAACCAAGUUUCUGUAUGCACGAUUUCCCUCUAUUGAAACCUUCAGUUUUAAUGGAGUUGUGUCGAGUAUCAGGGAUAUUUGAUGACGCGACGCACAGACAACAUAUAUUUCCGAAGGGUAAACUUGAAAAGGAGUUGGAUGAUGAUAUUGCUCACACAAUAAAUGAAGAAUAUUCUACAACGUCUAGAGUUGAAACAAAGGGAGUUGGACAGGAGAAUCUAAAAUGUAAUUUAAGUGAAGAAACUUCAGCAAAUAAAGAGCAAAAUGAUCAACUGAUGGGAAAGAAAAAGGAAAAUCCAGACAACUGGAAGAAAAUUUGCAGAGGAGUUAUUCAAGUUACUGCUUUAUCUGCACUUGAAAGAAUAUUUACAAGCAGCUGGUACACAAAGUUAAUAUUCGCAAAUGACGAUAUUGAAUCUUCAAAAACUGAUGAAUCACUUGACGUAAAAAGAGAAGAAGAUAGAAAAUCUGAAGUUCAAGGCAUUACUUCUCAUACUUCAGAUAACAAGGAUGACAUAAAGAAUGUGGUGAAACAAGUUAUGUCAUCUGUUGUUAAACAUGGGAUUAAAGCUGGUGGUGAAUAUGAUGUAUUGGAGUUACAAAGAGCUUAUUCUGUGUUGUUGAAGUGUUCAGCUAAUGCAGUUCUCACCACAAUGCUCGAUCUACCAUAUAAGAAUGUUUAUUCUGACGCACUUAUAAAUGAACCCUUAUAUCCAAUUUAUCCAGUUGCUUCAAAUGAAAGUUCAAUUGAAAGUGAUAAUAUAAGUGAUCAAUCCUCCAUGCUGAUUGGAAUGGAUUUUGAAUUGCUUGCCAUGAACCCUUCAUCUGGCCCUGUGUUCCGUGGCCCCCAUCGACGACAAUCGCAAACACCUGCUCAUCAAUCAAGGGCUAACCAAAGAGCUUCAAACAUUUCAAGAGCGCAAAGAACAUAUUUAAGACUGUUACCCCAAGCCGGCCACGCAGCUACUCAAACGCAACAAAGCAGUGAAAGCCAGAUAAAUUCAACUGAACAGGCAACCGAUAGUUCAGCAACAAACACAAGAUCUAAUGUUGAAACUGCUUCCACUCUACCAUCCAAUAUAAUGCAACAACUACUGGAAAUGGGAUUUUGCCGACAACACAUAACCAGAGCUGUACAAGAAACUGAUUACAACCAAGUGGAAAAUACGACAAACGUAUCACGUGUCGUUGGAUUGCUCGCUUCAUGGAUGAUCGACCAUCCAUAUACACCAGAUGAUGAAGAAUGGGAGUUAACCCAGGAAGCAGAUUUGUUUGGAGAACCUUCUGCUAAUACUAAACCUCCAACUACUAGCAGUGAAACUGAUGCUUUAAAAGAUAGAAGCAACCAACCUGCCUCCAACCUGGGAAAAAGAUCUCAAGAGCUUAUGUUAAACGAAGCAAUAUCCAGCGGACAAUUCUCUUCUUUGUUUUCUCAACUUGGUUUAACAAACCACACCGUGGCUCCUCCUAUUAUUGAGUUUGCUUACCCCAACCCACUUGGAGAGACAACCAGCGGAAAAAACAAUAUUUGUCGGAGCAAAAACUCUGGUGGAUUCAAUCGUGGGUUGAUGGUAGCAAAAGUAGUCAAAUUAAAAGAAAGUGAAGAUCAUGUUCAAAUAUUGGAUGAUCUCUACAAUGAAUUCCGGGUUUUAAUGUCAAGAUCCAUCGUUGCUCAUCUUAUAAUAUUGCUUGCUGUUGGAAGGAAACCUGUUCAAUUAUCCACUGUACUUCAGUCUGUUGGACUUACAGAUAUAAGAACUCUUUUGGAACUUCUGAAACUAGCAGUUAGUGGCGUUCUAACAGAGCAGCAUGUGACAAAAUGUAAUGCAAAAGAUGAGGUGAACUUUGACCCAUAUGUCGAUAUAUAUGUUCAGCAUGUUUGUGACAUCAUUCGGAAUCUUGCUUCAUCCGAUUCCUCGAUGUUUAAUUCACUUAUUGAGUCGUGUACCAAGAGCCUAUAUGUAGCAGCUGUAGGAUUACAUCCAGAUGAAAGUUCAUCUGAUGACUUCCAUGUUACUAAGUUUUGUUCAUCUUUAUUAACUAAAUGUCAAGACUAUGACGGAGGGCGAAAAAGUGGUUUUGUCAAACUGAUCAACGCUUUGUCCAUCUGUUGCCUCAGCAACCAUAUCUCUAAUUCUACUCGAUGUUGGGCAUUGGAACAAUUGAUUGCAGUUCUCUCCCACCAAUCUAAUAAAGUUAAUGUCGCACCAGAUACUGGCUUGGGGUUGCCAGCAUGUUCAAAAAGUAGCAUACGUGCUCAUGAAAAACCUGUAACAUCAACCAUUUGGCAUUCACAGAAAAAACAACUUGUUACUAUAGCUGGUGAUUCUACUGUAAGAUUCUGGUCAGUGUCGGCGAAAUUAAACACCUCGUCAUGGUGUCAACUUGAAAGAGUUUGUUCGUUUCAAGCUGUUGACGACGAGGAAAAUAAAGAAAUUUCUAACGGGUGUUGGAGUGCUAAUGGAAAACUAUUUGCUGCUUCUGGCGGAAACAUUAUUAAUAUUUGGCCAACUUCAGGUUGUGUGCCGCAUGUGUUACCACAAUCCCACCAUGUGACUGCCAUGACAUGGCCCACCAAAUGUGAUGCUGUGAGUGGAAUGGCCGGGACUGGCUUUGAUACUUUGUUAUACGGAGUAAGCAAUGGUGAAGUAUGGAUUGUAGAUGUUUUGGACAUUACAACUUUUCACACAACAAAACUGACGCAUUGUACAAGAAAUAAAGCAAGUGUCACAUGUGUGGCGUGGUUUGGUGAGGAUCAACAGUUCGCUGUAGGAUUCGCUGAUGGUAAAAUAGUGCUGGCUACAAGAGAUGGAAACAGUAACAUCGCAACUAUCGAUGCUUGUCAACAUGAAGUUAUUCAACUGGCUUGGGACCCAACAGGUUCUCAUCUGGCUGUACAUGAAGCACUGCAAAGUAAUGUUAAGAUAUGGUGUAACCAUGGAGAUGCAUGGAACGCAAUAUAUACGUUGAAACAUAACACAACAGUAACAGCAAUGUUGUGGUGUCCUGUGGCUGAUUCAUCUGUUUCAAAUUUUCUUACAUUUGUUAUUGGUGGUAAAGAUGGGAUGGUAAAUGUGUGGAAUUUAUCUCUGUCGGUGGAUUACUCAGAAGUUCGAACAACUUCUUCGGAAACUUUUUCAACACAAAAAAAUUUAAAACUGGCGAAUUUUUCAAAAAGUGCAAUCGGCAUCAAAGAUAUGCCAAUGAAAACCACUUUCUCGGAUUGUUGUAUAGUAAGCAAGUUAAACUGUUCAGCUGGUGGAGCAAUAACCACAAUCCAGUUUAACCCAACAAGUGAUUUACUUGCCACUGGUGGUAACACUGGUUGGUUGGCUGUGUGGUCACUUCAUGAUGGGACAUUGUUACAAAGCAAGGAAGGUGAUGGGGCAGUUUCUUCACUGUCGUGGUUGAGUGACUUCUUGCUUGUUUCUUCGUUUUCGAAUUCAAAGGAAAUAUUAAUGUUGUCAUUCCCUUCAAGUUGGUUGAACCGUUAUCACAUUGUUGCAAAAGCAAGACAAACUCUCGCUUAUUAUUCCGAUCUCAACUUUGAUGAGUUAGAAUGUUAUCAAGCUUUAUUGGAACGAUUGCCUGCAAUGCUCACGGAUCAGUAUAAUUAUGAAAGAUCAUUAGUGACCAGUGGUGACCAGUUAACUUACAGUCUAUUCCUUAAAAAUCUCGCAACACUGUGUUUUGGAUCUGGAUUAACAAAAUGCAUCUGUUAUGCACCAGUUCUACUUUACCAAAAGAUUGGAAGUUUACAAAGUCCCCCUUUAUCUGAGUGGUCAUGGUUGGCCAACUUAUAUCUGACAAAUCAAGUGAUUCGAUCAUUUUUAACACGUUGCAAAUUUUCACAAGAAUUCAUUGAUUUAUUUCAUGAGGAAAUACAACUGGAUUCAAGCAUAUCUAAAGAUCCUUUGGAUAACACACAGUGGGUGCAAGGAAUGGAUGAACAGUUGGUAUCAUGGUACGAACAAUGUCCCAAUGACUGGCAAUGUGGAACUCAUUGUGAUGUUUAUUUAUUUGGAGCUGGUCGACAUGGCCAACUUGCUGAAGUUGGAAGUGGAGUUCUUGUUCCACAACUUACUAAAUCUUUUCAUGAAGCUCGCAAGGUGGUAUGCGGACAAAAUUGCACGUUCAUAAUAAACAACAACGGGGUUGUGUUAUCUUGUGGAGAAGGUAGUUAUGGAAGGCUUGGGCAAGGAAAUUCGGAUGAUUCAAAUCGACUUACUCAUAUUUCUGCUUUACAAGGGUUUAUAGUGAAGCAGUUGGCUACAUCUACUGGUAGUGAUGGCCAUGCGAUUGCUCUCACUGAGAAUGGAGAAGUAUUUUCAUGGGGGGACGGGGAUUAUGGUAAACUUGGUCAUGGUAACAGUGAUCGACAACGUAGGCCUCGACAGAUUGAAGCAUUACGGGGACAAGAGGUUGUGCAGGUUGCUUGCGGGUUUAAACAUUCUGCCGUCGUUACGAUUGAUGGAAAGUUAUUUACGUUCGGAUAUGGAGAUUAUGGUCGACUCGGUCACGGUUCAACCACUAAUAAGAAAAUACCUGAAAGAGUUAUGGCAUUGGAGAACUACAUCAUCGGACAGGUGGCUUGUGGAUUGAAUCACACAGUUAUAGUUUCACAAGAUAAUCUCACUGUAUGGGCGUGUGGUGACGGGGAUUAUGGAAAGCUUGGAAUUGGUGGAACAUCGGCGAAAACAUCACCAACUAAAAUCGAGGUCCUCAGUAGAGUUGGGAUAAAAAAGAUAAGUUGUGGAGCUCAGUUCACAGCUGCGUUAACAUGGGACGGGAAACUAUUCAUGUUCGGACAAGAUCGCAUGUGUGGUAACUGUGAGACACGAACCUCGCCUUCUUUCAACCCACAAGUUGUGACCGCACUGUCUUCUCAUCAUAUCAUAGAUAUCAGUGUAGGAGCUGAACAUACAAUAGCUUUAACAUCUAAAGGAAUUGUAUAUACAUGGGGGUCAAAUACAGAUGGACAGCUUGGUCUUGGCCACACAAACCAUGUACAAGAACCCACUCUCGUUGAAUCACUUUCCGGUAAAAAUAUUCGACAAAUAUCUGCGGGUCGUACUCACUCUGCCGCGUGGUCGUGCGAACAUGACGAUGCAGGCCAUACAUUGCUGGGAACCCCUGAGUCUAUUCCGAGUCAAUAUGACUUACUCGCUGACGUUUCAGUCCUUGAUGCACGUGGUCGACUUGUUGUCCUCAGCAAAUUUUCCGACCUAAUUUCAGCGUCAUGGCCGCUUUUAAAUUACCAGCAAAAGCAACACUCAACUAGUGAUGUUACUCCAUAUACUUGUGGAAACUCGUGUUUUUCUUCGUCUGCAAUUCGUUCCAUUUUAUUACCGAGAGUUUUGAGUCUUCCCCUCGUGCGAGCUUUGGGCAAGACCAUGGUUCAGGGUAAAAACUAUGGACCACAAAUCACAGUUCGUAGACUCGCCAUUCGAGGAAAGAAAUGCUCACCAAUAUUUAUUCAGAUUGCUCAACAGAUUUUGAAACAAAACCCAUGUGACCUUCGGUUGCCUGCACGUGCGUGGAAAGUUAAGUUGAUCGGGGAAGGAGCUGAUGACGCUGGUGGUGUGUUUGAUGAUACAAUCACUGAAAUAUGCCAGGAAUUAGAAAAUGGUACCGUAAACCUUUUAAUACCAACUCCAAAUUCAACUACGGAAGCUGGACAACAUGGAGACAGUUUUGUGUUCAAUCCUUCACUAACUUCACCUGAAGACGCACAAAUGUUUAAAUUCUUUGGGAUUUUGAUCGGAGUCGCGAUACGUACAAAGAAACCUCUUGAUCUACAUCUUGCUCCAAUUGUGUGGAAGUUAUUAGCAGGUAUUAGUGUUUCAUUACAAGAUGUUGAAGAUUCCGAUGAAAUGUUUGUACAGAUGUUGCAUGCGCUGAAGAAUAUUGAUGUAGCAGGGGUAGAUGAAUCAAACUUUAACGAGAUAAUUCCUCUCGAAUCAUUCAAAGCACAAAGUUGGAACGGAAAGUUUGUUCCAGUUGUUGUUGGUGGCGAUGGAAUUCCACUCACGUUUCGAAACCGGAAAGAAUAUUCAGAUCAAGCUUUGUAUUUCAGACUGCAUGAGUUGGAUCAACAGGUGGAAUGGGUUCGAAUGGGGAUCUCGCACAUAAUACCGUUACCACUAUUCACUCUAAUGACACAAACAAGAUUAGAACAGUUGGUUUGUGGAAUGCCUGAUAUUGAUAUCAGCGUGCUUAAAACCAAUAUGAGAUAUCGUGACGUGGCAGAAGAUAGCGAGUUGAUUCAUUGGCUGUGGCAGACUUUAGAAGAACUCAACCGCGAUGAAAGAGUUCUCUUUUUAAAGUUCGUUUCGGGUCGGUCACGCUUGCCUGUGCAUCCUGUGGACAUGCCUCAGCGAUUCCAAGUUAUGAAAAUAGAUCGGCCAAUAGACAGUUUGCCAACCAGUCAAACUUGCUUUUUUCAACUGAGAUUACCUCCGUUUUCAAGCCAAGCAGUCAUGGCUGAAAGACUUCGAUAUGCCAUCCGUCAUUGCAGGUCUAUUGACAUGGACAACUAUAUGCUGCUGAGAAAUGCUGAUGAAGACGUCAUAGAUGAUGUUAUAUAAUUGAAAUGGUAAAAAUAACUGGCGCAGCUUUUAUGUGUGUUUUUUUUUAAUUUGUUCGACUAUAAGAAUUAAAGAUUUUGUUAAGUACGUACUACUACUGCAUGUUUCUCAUAUAUUCUUAUAACGGAUUGUUUUUAAUUCAUGUACAAACAACUGACUUUACACAACUUGUGUGUUUUUUAUAUCCAGUACAACUAAUUUAAGUUUGAGGCAAAUAAAAUAUAUUUAUUAAAUUUAGUUUAAUUAAAAUUUGUUUUUUUUUGGAUACUGAAUAGGAUUUUUUUACAUGGUAAUAAAUUACUAUUGUUUCGUUACCUUUUUUGUUAUCAUAUCCUAUGUGGUUGUCUCAUUUGUAUUACAAAAGUUAUUUUAUUUGGAAAAUAUACACAAAGAUACAACACGG